GCAGGCCGCGGGGGUGCCGCCGCCAGGGUGCUGCUGGUCAUCGACGAGCCGCACACCGACUGGGCAAAAUACUUCAAAGGGAAAAAAAUCCAUGGAGAAAUUGACAUUAAAGUAGAACAGGCUGAAUUCUCGGAUCUCAACCUUGUGGCUCAUGCCAAUGGUGGAUUCUCUGUGGACAUGGAAGUUCUUCGGAAUGGGGUGAAGGUCGUGCGGUCUCUGAAGCCGGACUUUGUGCUGAUCCGCCAGCAUGCCUUCAGCAUGGCACGCAAUGGAGACUACCGCAGUUUGGUCAUCGGGCUGCAAUAUGCUGGAAUUCCCAGUGUUAACUCAUUGCAUUCUGUCUACAACUUCUGUGACAAGCCCUGGGUGUUUGCCCAGAUGGUCCGGCUACACAAGAAACUUGGGACAGAGGAAUUCCCUCUAAUUGAUCAGACCUUCUACCCCAACCACAAAGAAAUGCUCAGCAGCACUACGUACCCGGUGGUCGUGAAGAUGGGGCACGCACAUUCCGGGAUGGGCAAGGUCAAAGUGGACAACCAGCAUGACUUCCAAGAUAUUGCAAGUGUCGUGGCACUGACCAAGACAUAUGCCACUGCCGAGCCUUUCAUUGAUGCCAAAUAUGACGUGCGUGUCCAGAAGAUUGGGCAGAACUACAAGGCCUACAUGAGGACGUCAGUGUCGGGGAACUGGAAGACCAACACUGGCUCUGCAAUGCUUGAGCAGAUCGCCAUGUCUGACAGAUACAAGCUGUGGGUGGAUACAUGCUCGGAGAUAUUUGGGGGACUGGAUAUCUGUGCAGUGGAAGCGCUGCAUGGCAAGGACGGAAGGGAUCACAUCAUUGAGGUGGUGGGCUCUUCCAUGCCACUCAUUGGUGACCAUCAGGAUGAAGACAAGCAGCUCAUCGUGGAGCUCGUGGUCAACAAGAUGGCUCAGGCCCUGCCCAGGCAGCGGCCGCGCGAUGCCUCCCCUGGCAGGGGCUCUCACAGCCAGACUCCGUCCCCAGGGGCCCUGCCCUUGGGCCGCCAGACUUCCCAGCAGUCCGCGGGCCCCCCCGCUCAGCAACGACCCCCACCACAGGCCCCCGCCGCUGCCGGGGGACCCCCGCACCCCCAGCUCAACAAAUCCCAGUCUCUGACCAAUGCCUUCAACCUUCCAGAGCCAGCCCCGCCCAGGCCCAGCCUUAGCCAGGACGAGGUGAAAGCUGAGACCAUCCGCAGCCUGAGGAAGUCUUUCGCCAGCCUCUUCUCCGACUGACACCCCACCCUGAGAACCCCCAAAUCCCUGGGCAAACCAUCUCUGGGCCCUGAAUCCACUUCUCACUUGGAAUCUACAAAUUCCUUGAGAACCCCCCUCCUGGUUCUCCAACAUCCCACUUCUCAUUCCUCAAGAUCCCUGUCUCUUGAGAAACCUCACUAGUGGUCCUAAACCCAAUUCUCACAUUUGGAACCCUCAAGUCCUUUUAGAACCUCACUCUUGGUCACCUCGAGAUCUACUACUCAGUUUUAGAGGCUCCAAAUUCCUGAAGAGGUCUGCUCCUGGUCCCCCCAGGGGGGGGUGUGCUUCUUUCUGAAAGCUCCCAAAUACUAGAAAACCUGCUUCUGGCCCUGACCCAAUUGAAUCCUGAAAUUCUUGGAAAGCCCUGCUCCUGAUCCCAAAUCUCUCUAGCACACCUUCUCUCCAUGGAAAAUUUCCAAAUCCUCAAGAAACCCCUACCUUUGAGACCCUUUUCCAGAGGCCUCCCAUCUCUCUGGAGAUCCACAUCUUCAACUGCCACUUACCACCCAGCCUCACCAGGAUUACCCUUUAACUGCUCCCCUCAACCCUGAUCAACAGGCUGGGAGCUCCUCCCACUAAUAGGACCCCUCGGUUCCCCCAGGGACCCCUUUCCCCAGUUUCCUGCCUCUGACAGCUGUCUUUAAAUAUGCAAACUCCACCCAUUCUCCCUUUGCACAUGGGAGGCCGGUGGUCUCCCACUUCCCCACCUUUGCCGUGACGUCUGUGUCUGUGACUGACGUGGCCUCCUCUCGUGCCGUGCUUGGCAUAUGUGGUCCUCGUUCAUCGUGCCGCC